AUGAAGGUCACCCCUCAAGCCCAGCAGAAGCUCAACGACCUUUUGUUUAAUCUCGUCUGCGGCAUGGGCUCAUCCUUCAACGCAAUCAAGAAUCCCAUCAUUGUUGACGUCCUCCAACAGCUCUCCCCGGGCUUUAAGAUCCCCUCGCGUAAGGACCUUUCUGGUAGGUUGUUGACCAAGAAGGAUCAGGAAGUGAUGAAGGAAGUUGAGGAAGCGUUGAAGGGGAAGAUGGUUACACUUUUGUUGGACGGGUGGAACAAUUGCGCUCGCGACCAUCUAUUUGCCUUUGUGGCCACAUGCGAGGGAAAGUCGUACGUCUUCUCUGUUCAUAACACCACCAGCAAGGACAAGACGGGAGAUGCGGCAUUGCUGUUGAUCGAGGAUGAGAUAGAGAUGUUGGGGAAGAAGGGUAUCGAGGUCGUCGCGGUGAUCUCAGAUGAUGGAGGGGACAUGCGCAAAGCCAGGAAGUCUCUGCUGGCGAAGAGGCCGCAGCUCACCAUUGAAAAGUGUUUUGCUCACCAACUCAAUUUGGUUGUUGGCAAUAUCUUCAAAGGCUCUCCUUACCUGAAGGACAUCUCUCAGCGGAUGCUCGCUGUAAUCGUGUGGUUCACCAAUCACAGCAAGGCUAUGUCCCUCCUCCUCUCCCAAGCGCGCAGAGAUGACCCAAAAUUCGGCCCAACCACCUUCAUCCAUCCUGCCCCUACAAGGUGGACCUCUCACUGGGCUGCCGCCUGCCAUCUUCGCCAAUGGAAGGCUGCCCUCCACAGCGUGUGCUUCAACAUGCACAGCAAGGUCAUGGGCAUGGCAGGGGCGGGUACCAAGAACCGCCAGACUGCUCAGACAGUGUUGGACAUUGCCCUUGAAAAGAGCUUCUGGGACGGUCUCGACGAUCUCAUCACUAUCCUAAGUCCCCUCACCAUCUCCACAUACGUCCUACAAGCCAAUACCACCACCCUCGACAUGGUCUUCUUUGAGUUCGGCAAGCUCUAUACCCACUUUGUCCCCCUCCAAACCUUGGGCUCCCGCUUUGUACGUGACGCUGCUGCCAUCAUCAUCCAGAGCCUGGAGAAGAGAUGGGCGGCGGCUGAUCAAGAUGUCUUCAUUGCAUGCGCUCUCUUGAACCCCUUCUUCGGGCUUACGCGGGUGGGCAUCAGCAACAACGCUCUUCCUGGGAACAUGUCAUACGCCUUGAUCAAGUCUCUCUGGAUACGCUUCUUUCCUGAGGAGACUUCGCAUCAGACACUUGAUCAUCUGAGCGAGGAAUGGUCGGCGUACUACCACCGAAAGCCUGACCCCAACCUCCGCCGCUAUACCAAUGCUGUGUUCGAUCUUCAGGGGGAAGCUGAGAAGGCAAAGAGGAACAACAGCCCUCUUGAUCCAGCGGGGAUCUGGCGCCUGCUGGGGAACAGUGUCUCCAGCCCCCUCAUCCGUCUUACCCUCCGUCUCUUCGCCGCCGUUCCCAACAGCGCCGCGUGCGAGCCGUAA